UCUUGCAACUUUGCUUUUUUCAACCAUCUCUUCUCUCUCUCUCUCUCUCUCUCUCCCUGGUUUUGCUUGGCUCUGUCUGCAUUUGAAGCUACACCUAACAGUUCCAGUCGAAUCUUUCUGGAAACAAGUUAACUUUUAAACUUGAGGAAUCUGCUCGACAUGGUUCUGAUCAAGGAAUUUCGGAUUGUCAUGCCCGUUUCGCUGGAAGAGUACGGGAUAGCACAGAUGUACAUGGUCACGAAGAUGCAGCAAAAGAACACGACUAGUACAGAAGGGAUUGAAGUAUUAGAGAGCAGACCCUUUGAAGAUAAGGUGUAUGGAACGGGUCAAUACGCUUCUAAAGUUUAUCGUCUGCAAAGCAAAGUUCCUUCUUGGCUUACGAAAGUUGCACCAGCUCAUGCUCUCGUCAUGAGAGAGGAAGCCUGGAACGCAUACCCAAGAUGCAAAUCAGUACUCAAGUGCCCACACUUUUCGAAGUUUCAGUUAACCAUUGAAACUGUUCAUAGAGCUGACAAUGGGCACUCAGAAAAUGUGCAUGGUUUGACCAAAGAACAACUAGCAGCCAGGCAAGUGGAAUAUAUCGAUAUAGCUAUUCCGGGAAAGGAUUGCUGGAGUUACUUAGUUGGAAAUUGCAGCAUAGACUUUUCCAAGUUCAAAUCAAAAAGAACAGGCCAUGGUCCUCUUACAAAAGGGUGGCAGGAUAGGUGUGAUCCGGUUAUGACCGCAUACAAAUUGGUGACAAUUGAUGCACCCUACUGGGGUUUUGGUCGUCGGCUUGAGCAGACCCUGCUAGCGGGUGAGAGGGCUCUAUUUUUGGAAAGUCAUCGUCAUUGCUUUGGUUGGAUUGAUGAAUGGUAUGGGAUGAAUCUGCAACAAAUAGAUCACCUUAUGGAACAAAACAAGUCUAUGUCAGAUGAGCAGAGACCCCUCAAGCCAGCUCGGGUGACGAGCAUCGUACAUCUUAACGGGAAAACACCAGGUGGUGAAGGCAUUCAUGGCAAGAAGUAUUGACCUUGAAUCUCGACAGCAUGUGCAUGCCAUUAUUACACAGUGCAAGCUCAAUGUUGCCGGUAACAAUAUUAUGAGCAAAAAGAGUAUACACAAGCAACAUAUAUAUCAAUCCCCACAAUAUAUAUUUUCUGACAUUCAGAAUACUAUUUCCUGUGAAUCUGAAGGGUUAAUGUGCAGUUGCCGGGGACAACAAGAUCAUUGGAUCGACUCUGUUUGUGAUCACUCGAAAAAGCAAAGAGAAAAAACCAUUUCAUUUUCAUUCUGUCAUUGAAGAAUGUUGUACGUAAAACAUACCAAGAAUCGCAUAUGAACAUGUGGCAGCAAUUAGGAUGCUCACAGUUGUGUCAUAUGUGCUAACACCACAUUAUUUUACUGCUGUUUAUUGAAAUUACUCAUUCAGUCA